AUGACGUGCACGAAGAGAAAGUCUUUGUUCCUGCUCUCUGGUGCCUGGCUGGUAGCAACAGCUCUGGCGGCCAAUCUCACUGUCUACCAGUCCAAUGUCUCUUUCGUCCCAGUCCCGCUUCCCGUCCCAGGCGGCGCUGCCAACUUCGAGGCUAUCAUUGAGCAAUUCACCACUCUAGGCCGCACCACAGUUUGGCACUCGGUUAAAAACAUCACCUUUCAAGGCGAUACCGGCGAGCCUGAGGGCAUGGUGGUCAUCAACGAAGAGAGAUUCAUCACCGCUCGUGGAGACUGGACCGUCCCUACCACUUCGUACAAUGGCACCAUCAUAAACGGCACAGAUCGCACACCGGGAGCCGGAUAUGGACACAUUGAAAUUUACGAUGGCCAGGGCAAACGAGUAGUCGAUGCGACACUGACUCCUCCCGGUGAUAUUGAAUACCACAUCGGCGGUCUUGACUACGAUGGCCAAUACAUCUGGGCCACUCUCGCACAGUAUCGCCCAAAUACCACUGCCACAAUCAUUGCCGUCAACCCUCUCACUCUGGAAUACCAAUCAUUGAUCCACUACGCCGACCACCUUGGGGGCAUUGUCCACGACACCAAACGCCAGAGACUGAACACAUUAAACUGGGGUUCACGGAACGCUUCAAUCUGGAACCUCAACGCUACUUCCCACAAGCCCUACCCGACAUUCUCGCAACCCUCCUCCGUUGCCCGUAACCCCUCGUUCUACGUGGACUACCAAGACUGCAAGUUCCUGGGCCAUUCCAAACACUACGGCUACCGAGCGGUUAUGAUCUGCUCGGGAGUCGCCACGUUGGCCGGCAACAUCACAAUCGGCGGCCUCGCCCUCGUCGAUUUCGAAACCAUGAUCCCGCUCUACGAGGUCCCACUGACCAUGACAUCUGUCCGGGGGACGCCCAUCACGCAGAACCCUUUUGACGUUGCGUACGUGAAUGAGACGCUGAGGUUCUAUUUCCUGCCGGACCAGCAUAAUUCCACGCUGUACAUCUACGAGCCGCUGAGAAAUAGUCCAUAUGAAUAUUAA